AUGCUACGUAAGGUCUUUGCUGUUGUCUCGGUACUCCUGGUAGUAAGUGCAGCCAAGGUGACAAAACUGGUGCUGGACGACCACUACGUCAACCGAGUGGUUGGAGGAGAGGUAGCGAAGAACGGUUCGGCCCCGUACCAGGUAUCGCUGCAGGUUCCCGGCUGGGGUCACAACUGUGGAGGAUCGCUGCUUAACAAUCGAUGGGUACUAACGGCAGCACACUGUCUGGUCGGCUAUGAGCCCAGUGAUUUGAUGGUACUCGUCGGCACAAACAGUCUCAAGGAGGGAGGCGAACUUCUGAAGGUUGACAAGCUGCUGUACCACAGCCGUUACAAUCGUCCCCAGUUCCACAAUGACAUCGGAUUGAUGCGGCUGGAGCAACCGGUACAGUUCUCGGAGCUUGUGCAGAGCGUGGAGUACCUGGAGAAGGCGGUACCGGUCAAUGCGACGGUGCGAUUGACGGGCUGGGGUCGUACCAGCACUAAUGGGAAUGUUCCCACGCUACUCCAGAGCCUGAACGUUGUAACGCUGUCGAAUGAAGACUGUAAGGCAAAGAUGGGCAAUCCGGAGAAUGUCGACCUGGGACACGUUUGCACACUAACUAAGGCUGGCGAGGGAGCGUGCAAUGGUGAUUCCGGUGGCCCACUGGUGUACGAGGGAAAGCUGGUCGGUGUGGUGAACUUUGGCGUUCCGUGCGGUCGCGGAUUCCCGGAUGGGUUCGCACGUGUCUCCUACUACCAUGAGUGGGUUCGCACAACGAUGGCUAACAACUCGCCGUUCACCGACGGUGUACCAAACAGAACCAAUUCUCCCAAUAGCAUCAUGCUACGAAAGGUCUUUGCUGUUGUCUCGGUACUCCUGGUAGUAAGUGCAGCCAAGGUGACAAAACUGGUGCUGGAUGACAACUACGUCAACCGAGUAGUUGGUGGAGAGGUAGCGAAGAACGGUUCGGCCCCGUACCAGGUAUCGCUGCAGGUUCCCGGCUGGGGUCACAACUGUGGAGGAUCGCUGCUUAACAAUCGAUGGGUACUAACGGCAGCACACUGUCUGGUCGGCUAUGAGCCCAGUGAUUUGAUGGUACUCGUCGGCACAAACAGUCUCAAGGAGGGAGGCGAACUUCUGAAGGUUGACAAGCUGCUGUACCACAGCCGUUACAAUCUUCCCCGGUUCCAUAAUGACAUUGGUUUGGUGCGACUAGAGCAACCGGUACGGUUCUCGGAGCUUGUGCAGAGCGUGGAGUACUCGGAAAAGGCGGUUCCGGCCAAUGCGACGGUACGGCUGACGGGCUGGGGUCAUACUAGUGCAAACGGACCAUCACCAACGCUACUCCAGAGCCUGAACGUUGUAACGCUGUCCAACGAGGAUUGCAAUAAGAAGGGAGGCGAUCCAGGCUAUACGGAUGUUGGACAUCUUUGCACACUGACUAAAACAGGCGAGGGAGCGUGCAAUGGUGACUCUGGUGGCCCACUGGUGUACGAGGGAAAGCUGGUCGGAGUGGUGAACUUUGGCGUUCCCUGUGCUUUAGGAUAUCCGGACGGUUUUGCCCGUGUCUCGUACUAUCAUGAUUGGGUUCGCACAACGAUGGCUAACAAUUCAAACUGUAGAGUGAAUAGUGCCCUGAAGAUGUCUGAGCUGGUGAGCUUUAGACCAGGCCCAAGAACGGGCCCUCCUGGGAACGAUCACGACAGCGACGACAACGAUUUCAACAGUGUAGUGGAAUCGGAAAAUGACGAACCGAGCUAUCCAUGCGCUAGAGGCAAUGCGGCCUACACCAGCUUAAUGCUGUACCAAGAAAGUAAACCAUACCCUGCCCCGGAGGUAUGUGACCAGGAAAAGGGACAACUUCAACUGCAGAAAAGUGACGAGUCGGACCAGCGUGAACCCACCAACAAACAAAUUAAUGCAGAGCUGAGCAGCUUCGUGCAGAAGAAAUCGUUCGCCCAGAACAUGAUGGACAUUGCUCUGCUGUCGGCAAACACGAAUCAGCUGCGGUACGUGAUCGAUCUGGGCGACAAGCAUCCGUACUACAUGACCAGUCUGAUGCUGAUCAUCGUCAGUCUCGUGAUGCAGGUAGUCGUUGGCCUAUCGAUGCUGUACGUGAAUAGAUACAACAUGAAGAACAGAAGUGAGAUAAAGGCAGCCUCGCACAUGAACAAUCUUUCCGUGGCGGGUGUGUUUAUGGUAACGCUGGUCAACGUGUUCAUAUCCACCUUCAACGGUGCAGGAGCUGGUACACCUCCCAUACCGGAAACUGGCGGCGUGUGUGUUUUUCCUUCCCGAGGAUCGUCAAAUAGCAUCAUGCUUAGGAAAGCGUUCAUCCUUGUGUCGGCAUGUUUGGUAGUGAGUGCAGCUAAACUACCGAAACUGGUGCUAGACGACGGCUACCGAGUAGUUGGAGGAGAGGUGGCGAAAAAUGGAUCAGCACCCUAUCAAGUGUCGCUGCAGAUACCCGGUCACGGUCAUAACUGUGGCGGUUCUCUGCUGAACAGCCGUUGGGUACUGACGGCAGCACACUGUAUUGUUGGUCAUGAACCGACCAACAUUCAAGUGCUUGUCGGUACAAACAGUUUGAAGGAGGGCGGCCAGCUAUACAAACCGGACAAAUUGUUCCACCACAACUACGCUAGUCCCGAGUUCCGCAACGAUAUCGGUUUGAUACGUCUGAAGGAGGAGGUACAGUUUUCGGAGAUAGUGCAAAGCAUCGAAUACUCGGAACAGGUUGUCCCGGCAAACGUUACCGUACGGUUGACCGGCUGGGGACGCACCAGUGCUGGCGGAAGUGUGCCAACACUGCUACAGAGCCUGAACGUGGUGACGCUCACGAACGAAGACUGCAAGGCCAAGAGCCUUUAUCCCGAACAUGUCGACGUGGGGCACCUUUGCACGCUGAGCCGGUCUGGCGAGGGCGCCUGCAAUGGUGACUCCGGUGGUCCGUUAGUGUACGAGGGAAAGUUGGUCGGAGUGGUGAACUUUGGCGUUCCGUGCGGGCUCGGAUAUCCGGAUGGGUUUGCGCGCGUCUCCUACUACCACGAUUGGAUUCGCACAACGAUGGCCAACGAUUCGUAACGGAUUUGCAGUCACGUGGUUUGAAGUGGUGAUUUCGUGUUCUGUUGAAUUCACCACGGCCACCGUAGUGUGCAUUGCAUAGUACCAGGCGCUUAUAGUUUUACUGGCGUGCACGAGAAACGUUGUACCUCAAAGUGUUGGGCACUGUAUGCGUAAGUGUAGAAUUUCUCAUAUGUUCGGUGUAAAGGAAAAGGGAUUUAGUACUUGAAAUAAAUUCAGUUUUUGCUAAACUUAA